CUCUGUCUCUCCCCUCUUAUGAAAAUUUCCUCUUUGCUGACAAAAAAUUUCAGACAUUAACUACUCGUAGCUUCUCCCUCCAACCAUCUCUCGACAACUCAAUUGUACUUCUCAACACACCCACCCCUCUCUCUCUCUCUCUCUAAAAAUAAAAACAAAAACUGAAGCUUUCUUUCUUUCCCACAUUAGCAACAAUCUCUCCUGCCCCCAAACUCCAACUGAAUCACUUCCCCUCAUCAACAAUUAUGGAAACACAAACACAAACACACCCAUCAAUAUUCCAUUAGUUUUCUCUCCACACCCACUUCAUCUUCUUCCUCCAAAUUAUUCCCUUUUUAGGGUUUCUCUUUCUUUUUUCUUUUUUUCCCUUUACAGAGAGAAGAGACUUCCGCCAUGGGAAGAGGGAGGGUUCAGCUGAAGAGAAUCGAGAACAAGAUCAGCCGCCAAGUCACCUUCUCAAAGCGUAGAGGUGGGCUGCUCAAAAAGGCCCAUGAGAUCUCUGUUCUUUGUGAUGCUGAUGUUGCUUUGAUCGUCUUCUCCACUAAAGGGAAGCUCUUUGAGUACUCCACUGAUUCCAGCAUGGAGAAGAUUUUAGAAAGAUAUGAGAGAUAUUCCUAUGCAGAAAGACCAUUUGCCGGAAAUGCAGAUUCUGAAACACAGGUAAGUUGGUGUCAAGAGUACCCAAAACUUGCAGCUAGAUUGGAAAUUGUACAGAAGAACUUGAGGAAUUAUUUGGGACAAGAUCUUGACCCUUUGAAUUUGAGAGAACUUCAAAGCUUGGAGCAACAACUUGACUCAUCACUCAAGCGCAUAAGAACCAGAAAGAACCAACUGAUGCAAGAAUCCAUUUCAAUGUUACACAAAAAGGAAAGGGAAUUGCAAGAGGAGAACAGGCAGCUAGCAAAUAAGGUAAAGGAGAAUGAGAAAGGUAUGGCCGAACGUGGACACUGUGACCUGCCAACCUUGGUGCAAAAUCAGCCCAUUUUUGCAAUGCCACCACAACUUCCUUUAUCUAUUGGAGGAACCUUGCAUGAAAGAGGAGGAUCAGGUGAAGAUGAAACGAGGCCAACAAGCGCCAACGUUCAAAUACCAGCAUGGAUGCUGAGUCAUGUGCCCGAAAGGCCUCACAACUAGAAAAAUGACACCAUCGGUCGUCUUCUUCGGGGCAGGUGGACAGCCAACACCACCAUUGUUGCCGAGCAAAUGGCUAUGGGGGCAGAGGGGAGAAAAAGAGAAGGGAUGACUGUGGAGGUUGAUUUUUGAAGAUGUGAAGUGCAAGUUGCCCUAACUUUUUAAGACAGCUCCCACACCCCAAAUGGCCAUAUACCCUAAUCACACAAAGCCUAAUUGUUAUUGUAUUUUGUAGAUGUUGAUUAUUUCUCAAGACCUACUUGUGAUGGCUAAUUUGAAACAUUUCGAAAGGAAAAUGAAAUGUAGAUACUUCUAGCC